UUUGCUUUCGAAACGGAUGAUGGCAACUGGGCCCCUAUGACACGGCCCUGGUUCCUAAACCAUUGUAAUGCCAUCUGGACCUCAGCCGGUCUGUGUUCCAUGACUGGGCACUCAUUCCGUAUAGGUGGCGCAACUGAACUGCUUCUCCAUGGCACGCCGCCGGAUGUCAUUGCCGUGCAAGGGCGGUGGAAGUCGCACGCCUUCUUAGAUUACCGGCGUCGCAUCGAGCAAAUCCUUCCUGUUUUCAUUACAAAUUCAUUUGAUCGUUCUCGUGUAGACCUCGUCCGGACCUCUGUAGCAAAAUUUCAUGUGAAGUACUCUCAUUAG